AUGGACGGGUCCGACGACAAUAACAUCUCUAAUUCCGCAACAUACGACAUGCGUGGCGAAGUCACACUAGUUGCCAUUGUAAUCCUUUUCUUCAUCUACCUCGUAAUGUCCCUCCUCUAUCUCUACUGUUGUGUCUCCCCCUCUAGGAGUCAUCACAUCCGCAGCCGUAACCGCCGCCCUACAAUGGUUUUCUUCGUCCCCACCAAUCCUUCUCAUACAGCCUCACGCGGUCUACAUCCCGCCAUCCUUAAUUCUCUCCCUGUUGUCACUUUCUCCUCCUCCUCCGAAGACGCAGCAACUCGCAGGGAUCACAUUGAUUGCGCGGUUUGUCUUUCGGAGUUUGAGGAGGGAGAAUCGGGUCGGGUUUUGCCCGGUUGUAAACAUGCUUUUCAUGUUGAGUGUAUUGAUAUGUGGUUUCAUUCUCAUUCCACUUGUCCUCUAUGCCGCACUCUGGUUGAGCCUCUCGGUGGAAGUGUAGUACCUGUAGAGGAGCAAGUCGCGAUCACGAUCCCUCCUGUACCGGUUUCUGCUACUGAACCAGGAUCGACCUCAGGAUCUGGAUCUUCUGCGGAAGAUUUAGGGAGAAAUCCUGCAGCAAUUGAGGGGCCGAGGUCCAUCUGA